CCCAUUUGACUCCGCUGCACGCUUGUUUUCUCCACGGCUGUAGAAUAUGCGAGAAGCCGAGGCUGCAGCUCGGGCCUGGACUUUGCAAAACAAGUCGUUUCGGCUAUUGGAGGACAGAUGGCUUUGGCCGAUUCUCAUUGGCUAAGACGUCUUGUCCAUCUUAUUGCUCACCCCCUUCUCGCCUCUCUUGUGUUGCCGUGGCUCUGCGAUUGGCGCCUGUGGAUGGGGGCGUGGUAACGUAAUAGGGAGGUGGACUGGUAAGCGGCGGCGGUGUGUACCUCCAUGUGUGCAAACUGAUUGGACUAAUGUGGUGUCGCUCAUAGAUUGACCUGUUUGUUCCCGCCUAUUCUUGUGUUUCUUAGCCAAUGAGUGGCCAGUUUAUAUUCCCCCAGCUGCCCUUGCGGAAUUCUGCGGAAGAUGUUUUCUAGUUGUCGUGUGUUUGUUUUGUUUUAGUUUAGUUCAGUUCUUGCAGUGCGGACAUUCAGGAUAUAAAGGCAGCACGUUUGCUGUUAUUUUUUGCUUGCUGAAUUUAGAUUCGUGUAUGUAAUGAUUAAUUCGCUGCAGAAGCGGAAUGCCGGAAGCAGUUCUGAUGGGACUGAAGAUUCUGACUUCUCUGCUGACCUGGAGCACACUGACAGUUCAGAGAGUGACGUCAACACCCGGAAAAAGACUCGUCUUACCCGAGCCUCUGUGCGUCUCAGCCAGAGCUCACAAGAUUCCAGUCCAGUUCAGAAUGUCCAGUCCAUUGGUUCAGAUGAUGCCUCCUAUUCCACCAGGCGGGUGACACGUAGCCAGCAGCAGGGGGCGCCAGUCACCCCCAAGAAAUACCCGCUGCGCCAGACACGUUCCUCUGGAUCAGAAACUGAGCAAGCCAUCGACUUCUCUGACCGGGACUUGAAAAAUGCAGUGGACCAUGACGAGUCUCCUCCACGCACUCCAACUGGAAACGCUCCUUCCUCAGAGUCAGACAUUGACAUCUCCAGUCCUAAUGCCUCCCAUGAUGAAAGUCUGGCUAAGGACUUGUCUAUGAAGGAUUCUGAAAGCGACUUGUCCCAUCGGCCUAAACGUCGCCGCUUCCAUGAAAGCUACAACUUCAACAUGAAAUGUCCGACGCCAGGCUGCAACUCAUUAGGUCACCUGACUGGGAAGCAUGAAAGACAUUUCUCCAUAUCAGGUUGCCCACUCUACCAUAAUUUAUCUGCAGAUGAAUGCAAGGUGAGGGCUCAGCAUCGCGACAAGCAGGUUGAGGAGCGGACUCUUUCCCACCGACAAGAUGAAAACAACCGGCAUGCCACCCGGCACCAGGCCCCAACUGAGCGGCAGAUUAGGUAUAAAGAGAAAGUGACAGAGAUGCGAAAGAAAAGGGAUUCCGGAUUAUUAAAAGAACAGAAAGAUAAAUACAUGGAGCACAGGCAGACCUAUGGAAAUACAAGAGAGCCUCUCCUAGAGAAUAUCACUAGUGAUUAUGACCUGGAGCUCUUUCGCAAAGCCCAGGCACGUGCUUCCGAAGAUCUUGAGAAACUACGACUACAGGGUCAGAUUACAGAAGGAAGUAAUAUGAUUAAAACCAUUGUGUUUGGCCGCUAUGAGCUGGACACAUGGUACCAUUCACCAUACCCAGAAGAGUAUGCUCGGCUUGGGCGUCUUUACAUGUGUGAAUUCUGCCUCAAAUACAUGAAAAGCCAGACGAUCCUCCGGCGCCAUAUGGCAAAAUGUGUUUGGAAACAUCCCCCAGGAGAUGAGAUUUAUCGGAAAGGGGCCAUAUCUGUGUUUGAGGUGGAUGGGAAAAAAAACAAGAUAUAUUGCCAAAACCUUUGCCUGUUAGCUAAACUUUUUCUGGAUCACAAGACUCUGUAUUAUGAUGUGGAGCCUUUUCUAUUUUAUGUCAUGACUGAAGCAGACAACACAGGCUGCCAUCUCGUCGGUUAUUUUUCCAAGGAAAAGAAUUCUUUUUUGAACUACAAUGUGUCCUGCAUCCUGACUAUGCCUCAGUAUAUGAGGCAGGGGUACGGAAAGAUGCUGAUUGAUUUUAGUUAUUUACUUUCCAAGGUUGAAGAGAAGGUUGGCUCGCCAGAAAGGCCGCUCUCUGAUUUGGGUCUGAUAAGCUAUCGGAGCUACUGGAAAGAAGUGCUCCUAAGGUAUCUGCACAACUUCCAGGGCAAAGAAAUCUCCAUCAAAGAGAUUAGCCAGGAGACAGCUGUAAAUCCUGUGGACAUUGUCAGCACGCUGCAGUCACUUCAGAUGUUGAAAUAUUGGAAAGGAAAGCACCUGGUUUUAAAACGACAGGAUUUAAUAGAUGAAUGGCUGGCCAAAGAGGCAAAAAGAGGGAGUACCAAUAAAGCAAUCGAUCCAAGCUCCUUGAAAUGGACCCCACCCAAAGGCACAUAGACCAUCUUUACAAAGUCAUCAGCAAUCAUUUCUCAUGAAAUCUCCUCACUAGCAAAACAUGUCAAGUCAUUGUGGUGACCAAUGCUGCUGGCCUUAAAUCUGGUUCUGAGUGGGGAGUACUGUGGCAAGUUGGAACGUUUAUUUUUUAUUUUUAAUACAUAUUCUUUGUUACUUCAUUCAGUUCUAACAUCAAGUGGCCAGUAGUUGUUGCCGUAUGAACUGUCUCCUGCUAGUAUUGCUUCUUGCCUCACAGUAGAGUUUCAUGAACUGGAAGUUUCCAAACACAAGUCUGGGCUUUGAUUCACCCUCCAUAUUGGGAGGCUGGCGUGCAUAUUCAGUUCCUAAGUACUUGUGCUGGCUUUCGACUGCUCCACCUGUGCACAUCUGUGAAUGUCGACAGACUCUGAGCCAAGAGAAUGCCGACAGUUUGAAGGCUGGACUUAACGUGUGUGUUCCAACAGUUAGGUGGUCAAAUACUGUAUGCCCCACAUCCACCCUGUUUGUUGGUCUGGUACAGAAAGAGGGUAUAAAUGACUUUCACAGAGUAUUAGCUGCCUGUAUUCCACUUAACUGUAAUAUUCCUGUUUUCAGUGCAUCUCCCCA